CGAGUGUAAGCGUGUUACAACAUAAAUUAAUAGAUAAUUUAUUAAUGUGAUGAAUUAUAUUAAAUAAAAUCGUAGUUUUUUUUAUGUUUCACCACAAUAAAGUUAUACUGGAGUCUGAAAUAAUCAGAUUAAUUGUAAUACCAUUACAGAUUUCAAGUUAACAACCAUAAAAGUGAAAAAAAAUUACAUGUUUUAAGAACUCCAAAAUCCGGACUUCAUAUACCAUUUACAAUGCAAAAUAAAAAAGAAAAAACAGAAUCCGGUAGAUGUGCAAAAUAUGCAAAAUAUGAAUAUAAAAAAUCGUCUUAUGCAGAGACACAUGGAGUGUUACAAUCAUUACGCCAAGAUGGGUUAUUUUGUGAUAUUAAACUAAAAACAGACGAUAACGAAAUAAUAAUCGCACACAAAGUGCUUUUAGCAUCAGCUAGUCCAUAUUUCCAUGCUAUGUUCACCAAUUUUUCAGAAAGGAAUCAUGAUCUUGUUGUACUGAGAGAAAUAGAUUCAACCGCUUUACAGCAGUUGGUAAACUUUAUUUAUUCGGGAAGAAUUGUGAUCACUGAAGAAAAUGUACAGGAUUUGUUACCAGCUGCAAAUCUCUUGCAGUUACAAGAAGUAAAAGAGGUUUGUUGUGAUUUUUUAAAUUCACAACUCUGCCCCACAAAUUGCAUCGGUAUAAACGCAAUAGCUGAUUUACACAGCUGUACGAAAUUGUUAACAAGUUCAGAAUUAUAUAUUCAACAACACUUUUCUGAAGUUGUUGGUGGUGACGAAUUUCUAUCGCUAUCAUCGGAAAAAGUAAUUCAGUUGAUCUCCAGUGAUAAACUUACAGUUCCAUCUGAAGAAAAAGUAUUUGAAAGUGUUAUUCGUUGGGUAAAAUAUGAAUCAAGUUCAAGAAAAUAUGUUUUACCCCAAUUAAUGGAACACGUACGUUUACCAGUAACAUCAAAGAAUUACAUAUUAAAACACGUAGUUCAGGAACCUCUUAUUAAGAAUUGUUAUAAAUGUAAAGAUUACAUAAGCGAGGCAUUAAAUUUUCAUACACUUAAUUCAGAAGAGCUUAUUUCACAAAACAUCCGGUGUAAAGAUAGACAUGGAGAUAAAGUAAUUUUAAUUGCCACUAUAUUUGAUACUGAUGAACGUAUCAGUACAAAAUUGUACGAACCAAAAAUGAACCGAUGGCAUAAUGGACCUGAAAUGAUAACAAACCGUAAAAAUGCUGGUCUAGCUGUAGUGAAAGAUAAUUUAGUGUUUGCUGUGGGGGGAGCUACUAAUAUUUGGCGUCAACUUCAGUCUGUUGAUGUGCUUGAUUUAUCCUCAGAAUCACCUUGUUGGAAAUCAAGUGUUGAAAUGUUAGUUAAACGAAAUUAUUUUGGAGUUGGUGUCAUUAAUAAUAAACUAUAUGCCGUCGGUGGACUUACCAAUAGUGAUGGUCCAUUAGAUAGUGCAGAAGUUUUGGAUUACAAUACUCAAGAAUGGCGUAUGAUAGCUAAUAUGUCUACUAGAAGAUCUGGCCUUGGCGUUGGAGUCCUUAAUAAUCUUUUAUAUGCUGUAGGAGGAUGUAUUUCAUCAUCACGGCAAUUAAAAACUGUUGAACGUUAUGAUCCCAGUAUCGAUGCAUGGACGCCCGUCGCAAAAAUGUCUGUAGGUCGUAGUUGGGUUGGAGUAGGCGUCUUAGACGGUGUACUGUAUGCUGUGGGUGGUGAAGAUGGAUAUAAAACGCUGAGUAUUGUUGAAGCAUACAGACCAAGUACAGAUGGUUGGACUACUAUUGCGGACAUGAAUUUUCCUCGAUAUGGUGCAGGAGUAGUUGCAGUAGACGGUUUACUGUAUGUCUUUGGUGGGCAAAUAAACAAAUCCCAUAUUGAGGAUUCUAUAGAAUGUUACAGCCCCAUAACCAAUACCUGGACAAUAGUUGCACCGUUAAGGAUUCAUGAAUAUGCUUCAGCACGCGUAGUAGCCAUUAAUAGGCCACGACAUUUAAAAAUUCAUAGUUAGUAUUCAUGGUAUUUGUUUGAUACAGUAUAUAAAUGUUUUCCUAUUUUGUAAAAUAGUAUGUUUUUUGAUUACUUAUUUAUUUUAUUGUAUUUUAAUAUUUAUUAAAAGGUUUCAUAUUAUAUUCGUCAUUAUAACGAACAUUUGAAUAUAAUUAUUCGUACAUAGUAAAAAAAAUUUACUAUGUAUAAUUUCUAUUUUAAUUGUCUAUAGCUAUGAAUUGAACAUUUAAUUUACGGUUUAUCGUAAGUAGUUAUAACUGUAACCAAAAAUACUAUAAAAUGUUUACCUUAACACAAUUUUCUUUAUAGAUAUUUUUAGUUCAAUUGUUUAUGAAAUCAGAGAGAUAUUUAAACGGAGAAUAACGAUUAUAGAUAUUUAUGCAUACUUGGAACUUUUAAAGUAUAUUAUAUAAUUUAUACACA